GACCCAGUGCUGAUUUACAACAUAGAUCACCUUCUCCUCGAGUGCAACCCCGCUGCCCUAUGCACUCUCAAAUACCCCUCCAAGGCCGCGCUCUCCCACGCCAUGGCGAAACCAGGCUACUCCAACCCGCUCUCACCAGUCCGUCAACCCGACGGGCAGCUCUCGGAAGUACUCGCGCUUGAAAUCGGCAGGCAGACGGUGGAGAAGGGGCAGUUGGUGGUGAACUGGGUGCAUUUGGCACGGGACGGAACAGAGGUGCCUGUGAGGAUUCACGUGCACUGCGUGUCUGUGGGCGGAGAGAGUUUUUUUGUGGCGAACUGGCAUGAUUUGACGGAGAUUAAGAGGCAGGAGGAGGUGCUGCGGAAGGCCAAGGAGGCUGCGGAGGCUGCAAGUGAGGCGAAGAGCUUGUUUCUGGCGAACAUGAGCCACGAGAUUCGCACGCCCAUGAAUGGGGUGUUGGGAGUGGCGGAUCUGCUGCUGCGGACGCCUCUCACAGUGGAACAACGCUCGUACCUCGAGAUCAUCCGGUCGUCGGGAGACAAUCUGCUGCGGAUCAUAUCGGACGUGCUGGAUCUCUCCAAGAUCGAAUCGCAAUCUCUGGGUCUGGAGAGCGUCGCCUUCUGCCUUGAGACGUGUAUCAACGAGGCGACGGCGCUGCUCUGCGUUGCUGCCUCGGAAAAAGGAUUGCUGCUGGAGAGUCGUGUGGCUCCGGACGUGCCGCGCUACGUGAGGGGCGAUCCGGGGCGGCUGAGGCAGAUCAUUCUCAACCUCGUUUCCAACUCCAUCAAGUUCACCCAGAGUGGCGGCAUCCAGAUUGUGAUUCGCCGCAGCACAGAGGACGAGAUCACCCGCGUGCGAACGACUCGAGCUGCUACUGCUGUUGCCGCAGCGGGAAAGGCCGCAGAUGCUGCAGCAGGAGGGGAAGGAGGCGCCGGGGAGGGGGGAGGAGGGGGGGGAGGAGCAGGCGGAGGAGCAGGGGAAGCAGGAACAGUUGCAGCGGCAGCAGCAGCAGCAGCAGAAGCAGCGGGCGGAGCGGGAGGAGGAAAGGGUGUGGUAGACGUAGGGGAUACUAGGAAGGCUGAUGGGGGGAGAGUAGAGGAGGAACCUAUUGCGAAACGCAGGCGCGUAGAUGGGGCAACAGGGGCGGGGAAGAGAAGGGACGGGGAAGCAGGGGAUGGGGGGAAGGGGAAAGAGGCAGUAGGGGCAGCAGGGAAGGGUAUGGUGCGAAAAGAGGACGGGCGGAGAGGGGGAGGGAGUGGAGAGGAGGAAGGAAGGGGCGAGGGGAGGGGAGAGGAGAGACGACGGAAGGGGAGAGGGGAGGAGACGGAGGGUGACUCAGAAGACGCGGAAUUCGGGGAGAGGGAGGGAGAGGAGAAGGGAGGGGGUGUGGUUGAUAGGAGAGAGGUUGGAGGUGAGGGAAGGGAGGGAGGAGAGAGUGGGAAGGGAGAGAAUAGCAGAAGAAAUGGAGGGGCUGCUGUGGAGCAAGGAGAGAAGGAGGAUGCUGCGGGGGGGAAGGGUGAAGAUGGGGAGGGGGAGAAGGGGGAGGGGGAGAAAGGGGAAGAGAUGGUGUGGAUAACGUUUUGUGUGGUGGACACUGGCAUGGGCAUCAGUCAAGAGGCGUGCUCCAGGCUCUUCCGCGCGUUCAUGCAGGGUGACGCCUCCACAUCCCGUCGCUACGGGGGCACGGGGCUGGGCCUGGCGAUUUCUAAAUCCUUGGUGAACCUCAUGGGGGGGGACAUUCACGUGAGCAGCCAAGUGGGCGCCGGGUCCACCUUCGCCUUCACCAUCCAGCUCCCCGUGUCAACCGCCCAGCUCUGUGCUCUCGCAGGGAAUGGCGGGCUCAUGGCCAGAGACGACUCUCUCGCAGGCUCGUCAGCCGAUGCCUCAGGAGCAGGGACGUGGGGAGGAGGAGGCGGAGGCAGAUCACGAAGCGGAAGAUCCGGCACCGCUGCUGCCGCCACCGCUACAGCCGCGGCCGCUGCCGCUCCCACUGCUGCUCCGGGUUUUUCCACGGGGGGUGGAGAAGGGUUAGGGCUGGGGUGUGAGGAGGAGAGGAAGAAGAGGAGGAAGGGGCUGGCGUGUUUGAUAGCGGAGGAUAAUAAAGUGAAUCAGAUGGUGGUGGUGCGCAUGCUGAGGGGGCUGGGCGUGGUGUCGGACGUGGCUUCGAAUGGAGAGGAGGCGCUGCGGGCGUGCGAGAAGAAAGACUAUGACGUGGUGUUCAUGGACUGCCACAUGCUGGUGAUGGAUGGCUUCACUGCCACUCAGAAGCUUCGACUGCCACAUGCCGGUAAUGAACGGCUUCAUUGCCACUCUGAAGAUUCAGAAGCUUCCAAGUCGCUAUUUUCUUUGAGGGCGACUUACUAUGUACGCCCAUUCCCCUGCCUUCCUGUCUCUCCCUUGUCUCCCCCCUUCCGCUCGCAGGACUGCCACAUGCCGGUAAUGGACGGAUUCAUUGCCACUCAGAAGAUCCAGAAGGAGAUGUGUAAGGCGCCUCAACUGCCCCUUCCCCUCUCCCCGAUUUCCCUCCCUCCCUGCCCCCUCACAGGACUGCCACAUGCCGGUCGGCAUGGACCACUUCCUGACCAAGCCGGUGCGGUCGAGCGAGCUGGAUGGGCUGCUGCAGCAGGGGAAGCAGCGAAAGUCCCUGUGGGCAUGGACCACUUUCUGACCAAGCCUGUGCGGUCGAGCGAGCUGGAUGGGCUGCUGCAGCAGGUGGAGCGACGAAAAAUGAUGCUGGAGCAGCGCGAGGAGCAGGAGAGGAGAGCAGAGGAGGAGAGGAGGGAAGAGAAGGGAAGUGGGGAGAACAGAGGGGAGGAUGGAGGAGUGGAAGGGGCACCUCCGUAA